CACCAAAACGCAGGUAAUGGAUAGCCUUUUGUCUCUCCCCACCUCACACUGUCACCCACCUUUGUUCACCUCAAAUCCCCACACAUCCUCCGCCACCACCUCCGUUUCCUUCUCACUCCAACCGCCACCUCAACCAGUCAAACCUAACCCCCGCCACUCGAAGCCCACCACUUCCCCUAAACCUUAAAUCCUUUCCAACCCCCUCAAAAACCUCUCAACUACUAGCAGUAACACCAAUCUUUCUCAUGUUCCUUCUCCCGGUGAAAAUACAACAAUCUCCCAAUCUCUCAUUUCCAAACUUCGCCUAUCCAGCAAGCUCUUUCCCCCUCCUCCUCCACCACCACUUCUUCAUGAUACCCAGAAGGCAACUCAAGUUUCUGAGCCCGAAGCUCCGACCCCAGAGCCUGAAAAGCCUGAAAAUUUCCGCCAACAUGGGAAGAUUUUCAUCGGGAACCUUCCCAAUUGGAUUAAGAAACAUGAGGUUUCUGAAUUCUUCCGCCAGUUUGGUCCCAUAAAGGACGUCAUUCUGAUCAAAGCACACAGUGAGACUCACAGAAACGUAGGUUUUGGGUUUGUCAUAUACGGGGGUGCGCCUCCGGUAGCUGAGAAGUCGACUGUGAAGGUGGUUGAGUUUGAUGGGGUUGAGUUUCAUGGGAGAGUCUUGACGGUGAAGUUGGAUGACGGGACAAGGUUGAAAGGAAAAGCAGAGGAGAGGGCCAUAUGGGUUGAAGGGUAUGAAGGUCAAGACUUGAAUAAUAAGUCUAAGUGGCAUCAAGAGAGGGAGGGGUCCCGGAAGUUGUUUCGAAAAGUUUUGGAUUCGGAAUCGAAAAAUUGGCAGAAGGUCGUUACUACUUUUGAGAGGAUUGACAAACCUUCUAGACGAGAGUUUGGAUAGAUGGUGAACUAUUAUGCAAGACGAGGGGAUAUGCAGACAUUUGAGAAGAUGAGAGCAAGGGGAAUAGAACCAACCUCACACGUCUAUACAAACCUUAUUCACGCUUAUGCAGUUGGCAGAGACAUGGAAGAAGCCUUAUCAUGUGUUAGGAAAAUGAAGGAAGAGGGCAUUGAAAUGACUGUUGUGACAUACAACAUACUUGUUGGAGGAUUUGCCAAAGUUGGCAAUUCUGAAGCUGCAGAUUAUUGGUUUGAGGAGGCGAAAAAGAUACAUACACAUCUGAAUGCAAUCAUUUAUGGGAACAUUGUUUAUGCUCAUUGUCAAGCAUGCAAUAUGGAGCGGGCUGAAGCAUUGGUUAGAGAAAUGGAGGAAGAAGGUAUAAGUGCCCCUAUUGAAAUUUACCAUACAAUGAUGGAUGGCUACACAAUGAUUGGCAAUGAAGAAAAAUGCUUGAUUGUGUUUGAAAGGCUUAAGGAAUGUGGAUUCGCUCUCUCAGUCAUCAGCUAUGGAUGCCUAAUUAACCUUUACUCUAAGAUUGGAAAAGUCUUCAAAGCUUUAGAAGUUAGCAAAAUGAUGGAAUGUGAUGGCAUAAAGCAUAACAUCAUGACUUAUUCCAUGUUGAUCAAUGGAUAUUUGAAAAUAAAAGAUUGGGCCAAUGCUUUUGCAAUUUUUGAGGAUCUGGUCAAAGAUGGUUUGAAGCCUGAUGUAGUACUGUAUAAUAAUAUGAUCCGAGCAUUUUGUGGGAUGGGCAACAUGGAUCGUGCUAUUCAUACCGUAAAGGAGAUGCAUAAGGAGAGGCAUCUACCUACUACGCAUACAUUUAUGCCUAUUAUACACGGUUUUGCAAGAGCUGGGGAAAUGAGAAGAGCCUUGGAAGUUUUUGAUAUGAUGAGGAGGAGUGGUUGCAUUCCAACUGUCCACACUUUCAACGCUUUGAUUCUUGGCCUUACUGAAAAACUUCAGAUGAAAAAAGCUGUUGAAAUAUUGGAUGAGAUGACUUUGGCUGGCAUAAGUCCAAAUGAACACACAUACACAACCAUCAUGCAUGGGUAUGCUUCAUUGGGAGAUACUGGAAAAGCCUUUGAGUAUUUUUCAAAAUUGAGAAAUGAGGGCCUUGAGAUAGACGUCUAUACAUAUGAAGCUCUUCUGAAAGCAUGCUGCAAGUCUGGAAGGAUGCAAAGUGCUCUAGCUGCCACAAAACAGAUGGCCACUCAAAAUAUUCCAAGAAACACUGUCUACAACAUUUUAAUCGAUGGAUGGGCUAGGAGAGGUGAUGUUUGGGAGGCAGCUGACUUGAUGCAGCAAAUGAAACAAGAAGGGGUUCAGUCUGAUAUCCAUACUUAUACAUCUUUCAUAAAUGCCUGUUGCAAAGCUGGAGACAUGCUGAGAGCAAUGAAUACAAUCCAUGAAAUGGAUGCUAUUGGAGUAAAACCAAAUGUCAAAACCUAUACAACACUUAUUCACGGAUGGGCACGCGCUUCUCUUCCGGAGAAGGCCUUGAAAUGCUUUGAAGAGAUGAAACUGACCGGUUUGAAACCAGACAAAGCUGUAUACCAUUGCUUAAUGACAUCACUUCUAUCGAGGGCUACUGUCGCUGAGGCAUAUGUUUACUCGGGAGUGUUGUCCGUUUGUUGAGAGAUGAUUGAGUCUGGUUUGACUGUUGAUAUGGGAACUGCAGUUCACUGGUCAAAGUGUUUACGAAAGAUUGAGAAGAGGUCAGGUGGAGAGCUUACAGUGGCCAUGCAGAAGACUUUCCCUCCUGAUUGGAAUGCAUACCAUACAAUUGAUGCAAAUUCUGAUUCGGAAACAAAUGAUGAACACGAAAGUGAGGACGCAGAUAAAGAUGUAUAUUUUGAUAAUGUAACUGAUGGUAAUGAUGAUCUUGAUGAUGAAGAUUUGAACAUAUUAUGGUAAUGAAUCAUAGUUAGCUGCUGUUGAUUUAUGUAUUGUCAGUCAGGUCCUAUGCCUAUACACAAUCGUUCCUAUCUAGAAAAUUUCCUUAACUCACAUUU